GUGGCGCUACUCCUGCCGCUACGGAAGAUGGCCGGGCGCUGAUUCCUUCCGGUGCUGCAGCUGCUACAGUCGCUAUUACGGGACGCCCUCUGGCGGGGUCUGGUGUGUGUCGGCGUUGGCCGCUGCUGCCUCGGCUGGUCUGCUUGCGAGAUGGCGGCCGAGAUCCACUCGCGGCCUCAGAGCAGCCGACCGGUCCUGUUGAGCAAGAUCGAGGGGCACCAGGACGCCGUCAGCGCCGCCCUCAUCAUCCCCAAAGAGGAUGGAAUCAUCACCUCCAGCGAGGACAGGACAAUUAGAGUAUGGCUGAAGAGGGACAGUGGUCAAUAUUGGCCUAGCAUUUAUCACACCAUGUCAUCUCCUUGUUCCUCUAUGGCUUAUCAUCAUGACAGCAGACGGAUAUUUGUAGGCCAGGAUAAUGGAGCUAUUAUGGAAUUCCAUAUCUCAGAAGACUUUAAUAAGAUGAACUUUGUCAAGACUUACCCAGCUCAUCAGAAUAGAGUGUCUGCAGUCAUCUUCUGCUUCGAAGCAGAGUGGGUUAUCAGCACUGGCCAUGAUAAGUGUGUCAGCUGGAUGUGUACCAGAAGUGGAAACAUGCUGGGAAGACACUAUUUCACUUCCUGGGCCUCUUGUCUACAAUAUGACUUUGAAACCCAACAUGCUUUUAUCGGUGACUAUUCUGGACAGAUCACACUGCUGAAGCUCGAACAGAACACCUGCUCGGUGAUCACAACUCUCAAGGGCCACGAAGGAAGUAUUGCUUCUCUAUGGUGGGAUCCUGUUCAGCGGUUACUUUUCUCUGGAGCAUCUGAUCACAGCGUAAUCAUGUGGGAUAUUGGUGGAAGGAAAGGUCGGACGCUGCUUCUCCAAGGUCAUCAUGACAAAGUGCAGGCCCUUUGUUAUAUCCAGCUCACACGGCAACUGGUAUCUUGUUCAGCUGAUGGAGGGAUCACUGUCUGGAAUAUGGAUAUCAGCAGAGAAGAGGCCCCUCAGUGGUUGGAAAGCGACUCCUGUCAGAAAUGUGAGCAGCCUUUUUUCUGGAAUAUAAAGCAGAUGUGGGACACAAAGACCCUGGGACUGAGGCAGCAUCACUGCAGGAAAUGUGGAAAAGCUGUCUGUGGCAAGUGCAGUACGAAACGCUCCAGCUACCCCAUAAUGGGCUUUGAAUUCCAAGUCCGUGUCUGUGACUCCUGUUUUGAUUCAAUCAAAGAUGAAGACCGUACAUCUUUGGCAACUUUUCACGAAGGCAAGCACAACAUUUCCCACAUGUCCAUGGACAUCUCGAGGGGACUUAUGGUGACAUGUGGAAGUGACCGUAUAGUAAAGAUCUGGGACAUGACACCCGUCGUGGGUUGCAGUCUUGCAACUGGCUUCACCUCACGUUGAGUUGGUCCCACCACGAUAAUUUACCUCAUGCAUCAAAUGGAUAAACUCCCUUCUUUGACUUUGGCCACAAGAAUGCCAGCUGCUUGACUCUGUGAAAACUGUUUUCCCAAGACAGACAGCCUCCUUUUAUGGAGCAGAAUUCCGCUGUAAGGCCUACAAGGAUGGUAGAAGGUGCAGAAUUACCAAGUUCACAACCUGUGGAAUGAACACAGAAAAGGCUUUAAGUGCGACAAGACACCCUAGAAAGACUCCUCAACUUGACUUAUUUGUAGUGUUCAAUGUGCUUUUCUCUGCUGAAAUAAUACUGUACAGUGGCUAAAGGUUAAAAUAAGUCUAGUGACAAAAAAUGUGCAGAUAAUAGUAACUUAUUUUCAGUCCUAGUAAAAUAUCCCUGUAGACUAGUUUUGUCUUAUGAACAGUCACUGUGAAGGCUGCCUCACAAACAAUGAAUACAAUUUUGACAGAACUCCACCCCCCACUUAGGCAGAAUUUCAAUAAAGGUGGGGGCAUUGAUAGAAUUUAUUGGAGCAUUUUCUACAAAUUCAGUUGUUGAUCCUUUGAGAGUUGGGGGCUGUUGGAUUUUCGAAACUGCAUGAAAAUGACCUUGAAGGCAUUAUCUUUGAGCAGAUUUUUGUACCUGGCAAAGUACCAAAACACAGCACUCCUUUUCCAUAACAGUGAAAGCAACCUAUGCCUUGUAGAGAUGUGUUAAAAUAGAGGCUAAGAAACUCAUACAAAAUGGAAAUGGUAGCCUGUGUACUUUGAAUGAAUGAGUCUCUCUGUUCUGUUCUCCUAGAAACAUGGUUUGAUGCUUUUCCCAACUAAGGCAUAUUAAUGAAAUUGUAGAUGUAAUCUAGAUUUUACUUAAAGCUUGUGCUGAACAUGGCUUUAAAACAUUUCAGCAAUAACUAGCAUUGUCCUGGGGCCUUAGACAUUGGCUUCUGCAAUUUAAAAUGAAUAGUAGCAAAAAUUGCAAGAUUAAAGGUCCUCAUUAGUUUUGAAAAUGAAGCUAAUUCAUCAUGUUACUCCACAUAAUUGCAAGGAGAAAGGGGUUAUUUUUUGUAACCUGAGCACCACUUCAAGUCGGUGCUCUGCUCACCUUGAGAGGUUGUAUCAUUAGCUCUACUGCUAAGUUCAAUUCUUGGAGAGAUGUAGUUUUGUAAAAGCUCCUUGGGGUGGUGGUGUCAGCAAGAUCAGUGAAGUAAAAUCAUUUUUGGCUGCCUGAAACCCAGUUAAAGUCUAUGGCAAAGAUUAACUUGUGUAUGUUAACCUCUAAAUCAUGAUAUCCCUUGUCUCAUUGAUAAUUGCUGUUUUAUUUCUAAAGGUCCUUGCAGAACAUACUAUGCUAAAUGGUGGGGGAAGAGGGAGAGAAGAACUACUCAAUGUUUCUCAUGGAACGGCUGUCCUAAAGCCAGUAUUGAUUGUCUACUGUCUUAGGUGUAAAUCCCUGAAAAAUCUAGUGUUAAAUCUCUUUGUUUUAGGAAGAUGUGUAAUAGGAAAGGAAGUGGUAAUUAUCUGAAAUGUUAAAGGUGAAAUAAUGUUUCUGCUGGAGAUUGUCACAAAAGAUAGGAACAAAUCAAUGUUGUGUGUGAGUUUUGUGAGAUGUUAGUUUCCUAUACUUUUCUGGUCUCAGAAAAGUCUUACCAUUGUUCUUAAACUUCUGAAUUAAUAUGGAGUUUAGGAAAGAGAUGGGGAGGAAGGCAUUUUUAAUGGAAAUAAAAAACUGGUAAAAAAUGUUCACUUAGCUGUUUAAAGAGGAUUUAGCAUAAUCUAUAUGGAAAACAUCCCUCUUGUGUAGUUCUUAAUACAUUGAAAAGACAAGCAAGGUGGCCCCACUGAACUGGUAAACUUGUACUACUCAAUGCCUUAUUGGGACUAUUGCAUGAAAAGUGGUUUCACUUUUAUGAAAUACAGCAGAAUGAGUCACUUCACCUCAGUGCCCAGAGAGAAAUGUUACCUUAUCUGGAAACUUACAUCUGUGUUAUAAAAACACUACCUGACUUGAAGGCAUUUGUAUCUGUUGUUGUUAAUAAAUGUCCAUUGUGUGCAUAUUUCCCCUUUUAUAGUCUUGGACACUUGGGAUAAUUUGCUGGCAGCAGGCACAUGUCCAUUGCAUUUCAACAUCUAUAGUACUCAUGCAUACAGAGUAGACUCUUACCUGAUUGUCUGCCGCCUUAAUGAUUAGUGAUAUAAAACACAGAAUAAUAGCUUUCACCUCUCGGCAAUCGCACUCAUAUUCUUCCAUUAAUAAUUUGCCACAGGAUGCUGAACUUGCUUCAUGACUAAGGAAUAUAUCUAUAUUUUUUGUAACAGAUAGAAUUAAUAUUAAUAGUGUUAGCUUCAGCUAGAUAUGUAGAGGUAAAUUUUGUUGAGACAACACCACUUUGUUUGCCUGUUUCUAAGAACUGAAGUUUUCCAAAUGAGUCAUAGCCUGCUGCUUAUGACAAUAUAGCUUGCUUGUAUAGAAACAUGAUUUUUUGUGGGGUGAGAGAAGGAUCAUAUUGUGCAUUGUAACAACUGUCUCAGUAACUUUAAAUGUGCAAUUUCUUAGACUUGAGUCAACAUACCCCAUUUUCUUUUCAUAAAACCUUUCUUUAUGGGGGAGCAACAAGUACUAAUGUAUUUUUGUCUGAGAGUAGCUGUGUUCCUGUGAAAUGCUGUGUCCAUUAUCUGAGACUGUCACUUGCUGUCUGUUGUUAUCCCUCCUGUCUUUUGAAAGAAAACUUUGAAUAUUGUACAAUAAAAAUUAUUUCCUGAUAGUAAAA